AUGGAUGACCUUAUUAGCUGGAUAGUGCAUGCCUGUCACAUUGCAUUCCUUACCAAACUGGCAGGCCACGUGUGCAGUUAUGGUGGAUUGGCUGACUUCCUAUUCCAGCUGCAAAAUUCUGUACAAAGAAGGAAUGAUAAAGCCGUCGCUCACCUUGGCGUGCUGGACGUGUGGUCCAUGCAGGUUCUGUCCACCUAUGGGCACAUCCGUGACAUCCCCUCGAAGCCAGGCAGUGUGGACCCAACUGCUGGCUUUGAGAUGUCCUGGGAGCUCCUCCCUCAGGCAAAGGGACAUGUUGCAGCAAUCGUGAGAGCCGUCGAGGAGGCACAGUACCUAGUGCUUGCGACCGAUCCUGACAGGGAGGGGGAAGCCAUAUCGUGGCAUGUGGUGAAGGAGCUGCAGCGCAGGAAGUUGCGGGCAGCGCAGUUGCAUGUUGAACGAAUUACCUUUACAGAGGUGACACGGACGGCCAUUCUGGAUGCUCUGAAGAGCCCACGGCAGAUAAGUCCUUGGUUGGUUCAUGCAUACCUGGCCCGGCGUGUCCUUGACUACCUAGUGGGCUUCACAUUGUCACCAUUACUCUGGAGAAAGCUUCCUGGUGCCAGGUCAGCAGGUCGAGUACAGUCUGUUGCGCUCCGGCUGGUUUGUGAACGCGAGGCAGACAUCCGCAGCUUCCAGCCUGUUGAGUUCUGGACAGCAGAGGUGCAGCUGAUGACACGUAGCGGGCUACCCCUUCGUGCAACUCUUGCACGCCUCGAUGGAAAGAAACUUGGGAAGUUCGACCUCAAGGAUGGGGCUGCAGCAGAAGCAGCUGCAGAUUUGAUCAGGAGCUCAGUAUUUCGAGCAGGCUGUGUGGAGUCCAAGGUGACAAAGAGGAAUCCGUCUGCCCCGUUCAUAACAUCCACUCUGCAGACGGACGCUGCAAACAAGCUUGGAUUUGGCACAACCCGGACCAUGCAACUUGCGCAGAAGCUGUAUGAGGGCGUUGGCAGUGGUGAGAGGGACCUGGCGGGAUUAAUCACUUACAUGAGGACAGAUGGUGUUCAGAUGUCAAAAGAUGCCAUUGCAACCAUACGCAAAGUGGUCAAGACAGAGUUUGGGGGUGAUUACAUCCCUGCCUCGCCACGAGUUUACAAAACCAAGGCAAAGAAUGCCCAGGAGGCACAUGAGGCCAUUCGCCCAACUGAUCCAAGGAGACGAGCAUCUUCUCUACCCUUGAGCAUCAACCAUGACAUGAAAGCUCUCUAUGACCUCAUUUGGAAGAGGGCUGUGGCAUCUCAGAUGAGCAGUGCAGGCAUUCGGCAGGUCGGGCUGGACGUGAACAGCACUGAUGGAACGAUCACCCUUCGAGGCACUGGUAGCAAAGUUGAAUUUCCAGGUUUCAGGGCAGUGUAUGGAAAUGGUACCUCCGAUGAGUCGUUAGCUGCUGUGGCAGCCAUUCAAUCCAUAACAGAAGGCGAAGAAAUCACUGUGGUGGCAGUUGACACCAUCCAGCACUUCACGAUGCCACCUGGGCGGUAUACAGAAGGCGCACUGGUGCAGGAGCUUGAGGCCCAGGGUAUUGGUCGGCCGUCGACAUAUGCUGCCAUACUGAAGGUUCUUAAGGUGAUGGCAGCUGUUUGA